AACUUGAAGUUCCCCCUCUUCAUGACGUGAACAACCCGUUUCUUAUCAUUAAUGGCAUGCUCCCCUCUUCCUAUAAUCCAUUCCCAUUUUCUCGAAACUCCCAAAAAUCAUCACUUUUUUAAUCUAAUUUAGUAAAGUAACAAUCUUUUUAUUCUUCUACAUCUGAUAAAAUCAUAAUCUUCUAAAUAAUUGAUCUGUGCAAAUAUUACUGGAUCGGAGUUUUUCAAAAAAAAAAAGAUGGGUUGGAGAAAAUGGGGAGUAGGAAUUGUAGCAAUAGGAGCAAUAAUAGGAGGUAAAGAAAUAAGCAAGAAAUAUGAGUGGGAAAAAGAUGCAUUAAUGGAGGUUUUUAAGAAUUUAUCAGAUCAAUUAGGAAUAUGGGCAAUUCCAGCUUAUGUGGGUGUUCAUACUAUUACAUUGGCUCUUUGUUUACCUUCUGCUGUUUUCUUUGAAGCUGGAGCUGCUCUUUUAUUUGGGUUUCUUCCUGCUGUUCUUUGUGUUUUCUCUGCUAAGAUUCUUGCUGCUUCUCUCUCAUUUUGGAUUGGCAGGCUCAUCUUCAUGUAUUCGAGUUCGGCAACGCAGUGGGUCCAGGGUAACAAGCAUUUUCAUGUGCUCUUAAAAGGCGUGGAACAAGAUGGUUGGAAAUUCGUUCUUCUUGCCCGGUUUUCUCCUGUCCCUUCUUAUGUCAUUAAUUAUGCCCUGGCUGCCACUAAGGUCAGAUUUUUUGUGGAUUUUCUGCUUCCUACCAUGAUUGGUUGCUUGCCGAUGAUUAUACAAAAUACUUCUAUUGGAAGUCUCGCUGGUGCUGCUGUUGCUUCAGCAUCUGGUUCUCAUAAAUCUCAGAUUUGGUCAUACAUUUUCCCACUUAUUGGGAUCGUUUCCAGCAUUCUUAUCUCUUUCAGGAUCCGAACCUACUCUAAAAAUAUUUCUGUUGAAUCUUCUAAAGUUGAAAAUUUUAAGAAUCCUAAAAAUACUACUGACUCAUCUCAACUAUUAAACAGUGACAAGGACAAGAAUGUGAAGAAAAGGCGAUGAUGUCUUUUCUUAUUUCCAUGUAUUUUUGGAUCUUUUUACAUUCGACGGACUACAGAUUUGCUGAACUCUACUCUUUUGAUAGAGAAUCUAUAUUCAGAAAUAUAAAUUAUUUUUUUACAUUA